AUGAUGAUAAUGCAUUGUAGUUGCAAUAGCAACGAUCAUUCAGAAACAGGACAGGAUUAUAAAUUCUUUAAAAUUUAUAGAAAUAAAUACAUCAGAAAUAUUAUUUUCCAUCAUUUGCGUUUAUUUAAUAAACAUAAACAAGUUUUAGAAUUUAAAGUUGAUGAAUUAAUUAAAUAUGAACAUAGAGAAUAUAUUACAUCAUUAUUUAUUAAAGAUAAUAAUAGAAAUAUACCAAAAAGAGGUAUACCAUUAUCAGUUAAUGAAUUAAAAUUUGGAAGAUCAUUUAAUCAACCAUUAAAGGCAGGAGGUGUACCACAAUCAAUUAAUAAGAUUGUAUUUGGUGAACAUUUUAAUCAACCUUUAUCAUUGAAAGAAUGUGAUAAUUUGGAAUACAUUGAAUUUGGUGAUGAUUUCAAUCAACCAUUGGGAGAGUUACCACAAUCAUUGACUUUUUUAGAUCUUGGUAAUGAAUCAUUCAAUCAACCAUUGAAAGCAAAUACUUUACCAAAGAAUAUUAUUCAUUUAAAGUUUUCAGCAUCAUUUAAUCAUCCAAUUUGUUCUUUACCAUUAUCAUCAUCAUCAUCGUCAUCAUCGUUUAUAAAUUAUUUACCACCAUCAUUAACACAUUUAGAUAUGGGCGAAAGUUUUAAUCAACCAAUACCAAAGAAUUGUUUACCAGUUACAUUAAAGUUUUUAAGGUUAGGAUUUCAUUUCAAUCAACCAUUGGUAUCAAAGAAAUGUAUUCCACCAAAUUUAGAAACAUUGAUAUUUGGUCAACUAUUUAACCAAAAAAUUAAAAAAGGUUAUUUACCAUCAUCUUUAUUGACAUUGGAAUUUGGUAGUAGAUUCAGUCAAUCCAUUAAAAAGGGCACACUCCCACCAAAUCUUCAAUGGUUACGUUUUGGUGAAGGGUUUCAAGGAUCGCUUGAACAGGGUUCUAUGCCUUUGAAAUUGGUUGGUCUAACUUUGAAUUUGAAUUUAAAGAAAUGUAAAAAGGGUUGUUUACCACCAUCAUUGACUUCACUACAUUUAUUAGGUUGCAAUAAACAACGUUUACCAAUUGGUUUAGUUCCAACAUCUGUGACUUGUUUAACAUUGGGUGAAUUCUAUAAUGAGGAGUUGUUACCAAAUGCUAUACCAUCAAGUGUGAAAAGUUUAGUAUUAGGCUAUAGAUUCAAUCAACCAAUUGAACCAAAUGCAAUACCUUCAAGUGUUGAAACCCUAUCAAUUGGUGAAUGUUUUAAUCAACCAAUUGGUAAUGGUCUUCCAAAAUCAUUAACUACUCUAACUUUAAAAUGUAAAUACUAUUUCCAUCGUUUCUCAAAUGAUAACUUACCAACUUCUGUAAAUACUUUAUACUAUACUGAUGAUAAGAUUUAUGAUGUUUUAAAUUUAAAUGAUUUCACUGAAACUCAUUCAAAUUUAAAAGUUAUUAAACUUAAUUAA